CAUGCUAGCCACCUCAGAUGUCAGCAGGAGGAAGUGGCUGAUUCCGGGAGCAGAGUACUCCAUCUUCACUGGGCAGCCUCUGGACACCAGGGACAGGAAGACAGAUAACCAGCUGGAGGAAACCACUGUUCCUGGAUACCAUUCUCCUCCAGAAAAGGACUCUUCCCUUGGACGGUCACCAGCAAACUUACUGAGUAAAAAGCAGAGGGACUCUUCAGACACACCAGUCAUGAAAGCUUUAAAGGAACUCGAUGAAGAAAGAAUAUUUAAAAAUUGGGGGACACAGACAGAAAAAGAGGAUACCUCAAGUAAAUUAGUGAAUCCUCGGCAAACUGAACCUUCAGUCAAUACAGGCCGCUCCCCAGAGAAAUGUGCCCAGCAGAGACCAAAGAGACAGAGUUCAGCUUCACAAAGGUCGUCAUCUCUCCCACCCUCCAAUCGUAAAGCAAACACUCCAACAAAAAGAGAGAUUAUGUUAACGCCGGUGACUGUGGCUUAUAGUCCUAAGCGGUCCCCUAAGGAAAAUUUGUCCCCAGGAUUUAGUCAUUUGCUUAGCAAAAAUGAAAGCAGUCCAAGUCGAUUUGAUAUCCUUUUGGAUGAUUUAGAUACUGUUCCUGUGUCCACGUUACAACGAACCAAUCCAAGGAAACAGCUCCAGUUUCUUCUAGAUGACUCGGAAGGAAAAAAGUAUUCAGAAAAAGCUAGUGAUGACCCCGUUAAUCAUAGUUCUUGUCCUAACCCCUUGCCAAAUGGAGUGAAGAAAGUGUCCGCGAGACAAGCCUGGGAGAAGAGUAAAUCAGUUAGCCUCGAGCAGUGUAAGCCAGUGUCAGCAACGCCACAGGGUAAUGAUUUUGAAUAUACAGCAAAAAUUAGGACCCUAGCUGAAACGGAGCGAUUUUUUGAUGAACUUACAAAAGAAAAAGACCAGAUUGAGGCAGCACUAAGCCGAAUGCCUUCUCCUGGAGGAAGAAUCACUUUACAAACAAGACUUAAUCAGGAAGCCUUGGAAGAUCGCUUGGAAAGGAUCAAUCGUGAACUGGGUUCAGUUCGAAUGACACUCAAGAAGUUUCAUGUCUUGCGCAGUUCUGCAAAUCUUUAAGAUUGGUAGCCAUUAAAUUUGAGACAUUUUUAUUUGCACUAAUGUACAAUUAUGUACUUGGAAAAGAAAAGCUCUUUUGUACUGUUUAUAAGCCUUCAAACAGUAGUUUUACAAUCAUGCUACUCUUACACUUGCUAUUUUAUACUUCAAAUGGCCACAUAUUUUCAAGAUAUUUUUGCUAUGCUCAGGAACCUCUUGUAUAUUUUACUAUUUAAAAAGCAUUAUUUUUAAAUAGUAUUAUGUCUUCAAUUUCUAUCAACAAUAAGAAAAUGUAAAAAGUGGAGGCAGCUUGUUUCUAAAGAAAUAGUGUUAUCCUUUUACAAUGAACUUUGCACAUCAAUUUUAUAAACUUGUUCUACAUUGUAAAUAUAAUUCAUUUUGAAAAUAAAUGCUUGAUAGCUUCUAUAAGGAUAGGCUAACAUGCUGGACAUUUUAAAAAAAUAUAGUAUAGUUUGCAUUUAGGUUCUGUAGAAGUUUUUAAGAAAUGAUAACACAAUUCCUAUGUGAAACAUAUGCCCUGUAGUGAAUAGUAGAAUAAUUGGGCCAGCAAAAUGGCUCAGCAGGUAAAAGUGCUUGCCGCCAAGCCCAGCGACCAGUUUUGAGCUCCAUUAUUCACAGGUUAGAAAGAGAGAAAUGACCCCUGUAAGUUGUCCUCUGACCUCUACAGAUACACUGUGGCACGUUCCUGCCCUUUCCUACCCCAGUAAAUAAGUCAAUAUUUUUAAAAAUUAGUAAUAAUUUCAGUGUUGGAGAGUUUAAAAACUACAUAUAACCUAUUUCUCCAAAAUAUUUUUAUUUGUGAGGAAAGAAAAAAGAAAUCAGAGAUAGAAAGCAGCAGGUGAGCACUGGAGUUUUCUGUCCAUCAUCCAUGAUUUAAGUUAUGUCACACCUUGGACAGUUUCCAGGGCAGCUUCCCUUUCCAUUAAGCCCAUAGCUUAGCUCCCAAGGUGAUCAUACAGACAUUUUCACCUCACCUGACCCACCAUUCCACCCUUGCCAAAAAGAAACGUAGCUGCUGUAAUGACUGUUGGUCUACGCCAAGAGCACUGUAUAAUCAGAGCACUGCCUGAUAAUAGACAGGGCGGUGUCCAGAGAGAGCCUGGAGCCUUUGCCCAGGGCCUUGCUGCAGACUGGCCCACCACCUGGGCUCCCUAGCUCUAAGAGCACUGUGUGGGCAGGAGAAGCUGUUCUGGUCUAGGAGCAGCAAGUACCCUGCUUGUGUUGGGACUGUUGGUGAUGUCUGGGCUACUCUCCCACUUACUUUCUGCUGACCAGUCUGAACCUAGCACCCACAUAUUUGUGCUCAGAAUCUGCAGAUAGACUCAUCUGAGCUCUUAUCAUUGAUUUCCAGGGCCAGUGCUCAGGUUUUUGAUUUGGUUUGCUUCUGAGUUCUUUCUCCAUAUGUAGCUUUUCAUGUGUAGUUACAAUGAACCAAGGCAUCCCAGCAAUUCUGUUAGGUGUGUAUGCCUCAGCAGGAUUUCAGGUGGUCUUUGAACAGUUUCUCACCAAAGCUUCACCUGGUGAUAGGCCUGGGCCCUGUUCUACUUGUGGGGACUCUCAGGCAGGAGGGGACCCUGGAGAUGGAACUGAACCUUUGAGUUUAUCUUCAGGAGCCAGCUCAAGACUAAUCAGGAUUUCUUAUUGUUAGAAGCAAGUGCCUUUAUUCUUGAUUUUUCUUUUAGCCUUUUAAAAAUUGUUAGAGUUAAAUAAAUAAAUAAAAAGGUUCAUUUUAAUCAAGCUUCUGUACAGCCUUUGUCUAGCGCUCAUGCAGGGAUAGUCUGUUUUUAAAUAUGACCCUGUCUCUGUGUGUGACAGGCAGAACUAACAACCCAGGAGUAUAACAGGCGCAGUGGUAGUGUGCUUGCCUCGCAUGUGAGGGCACAGGCUUUGCCCCAGCACCAACAAACAAGACUACUUGAACAAGCUGACAAUGUUUUCGUAGAUCUCAUUGUUCCCUUCUUUUAUUGUACAGUCUACUACAUUCUCAAGAAGAAGGAAAUUACCACUUCAGAUGAGGUGGUGGCUUUAUCUUGCCAAGGAGUUAUCUUCUUAGGUGCCUAUAAUUGGCUUAUUCCAAAAAAGGCAUUAAGUGCCAUCAAAACAUCUGUGCUUCUCAGAAAGCAUAUGCUUUGGUUUUUGAAGUGUGUAAUAGAUUUAAACUAUCAGUUACUUACUUGAAAAAGAAAUUUUAUUCUUUUCUUCUUCAUAGCUAUGAAGAAAGACACCAAGAAAAAUUCUUGCAGUUGCCUCUCCCCUUAGUAAUGCAUAUGUUAUGAACACUCAACUAAAAAGCAACUGAGCCUAAAAGCGGGAAGGGUAGCAGUCUUAAAGAGCAUCUGUUACCCAAGAUAGGCAAACUGUUUCUGUGCUGGGAUGUGCAUGCAGCUAGUUAAAAACCAACUCAGUGAGCCUGCAGCUUUUGGGAAGUGCCUUUUAAAAUGUAUAUAGAAAGUGAAUUCUCCCACUAUGGAGAUCUGUCUCUUCCUUCUCAAAACCAGGAGCCACAGGGGAUGGCUCCAGGUAAAGCAUUAGCACUAAAGUGCCGCUGCUGGGGAAGGGACUUGGAGCCAGCCAGACCCAGGUCACACCCUGGCUCUGGCCUCCUUUCCUCAGUGUAAAGACCAAAUGAUAAGGAGAUACCUUUCAGUUCAGACAGGCCAGUGUGUAGUAAGCGUGCACCAAACAGCAUGUUUUAGAUUUAUCAGUUACUGUGAUUUCGAGAUAGUGAUUUUUUUUUAACUGAUUGAUUAUUUGUAUUUUAUGUGCACUGGUACUUUUCCUGCAUGUGUGUCUGUGUGAAGGUGUCAGAUCUCCUGGAACUGAAGUUACAGGCCGGUGUGAGCUGCCAUGUGGGUGCUUUGGGUAUUGAACCCAGGUUUUCUUUAAAAGCAGCCAGUGCUUUCAACUACUGAGCCACAUCUUUCCAGCCACACAUAUAUAUAUAUUUAAAGGUAUACUAGGGCCUUGCACAUGCUGGCUAAUUCCACCACUGAGCUUUAUAUCCCAACUCAGUGAUUGCUUGUUAAAGUUGAUGAUUUGCUUCAACAUUGGAAUGUCAUUUUUAUUAGGUGGUCUGUGUAUUCUUUGCUCAUUUAUAAAAAUCAAGGGUUUUCUUGCAUUUUAAAUGAAUUUUCUUGGUAUACUAUUUACUUAUUGGUUGACUAAAAUUGUAAAAAAUUAACUCAUCAAAUGUAAAUUCGGAAAGCAUUUUGAUCUUAAUUGAUGAAUGGGAUUUAUUGAGUAUAAAUAUUGGCCUUUUUCCAUUAUAGUUUAUUGUUGUUUAACCAAAAUAACUUUUCCUUCAAAUGUUCCAUUAUUAGGCCCUUUAAGACAGUGGACCACCUGGAAGAGGUGCCUGUCACUGAGUGUUAGACUUAAAUGGAUUUCUAACCAUUGAGAGACUAAUGUUUCACUUUCAGCCUAAAAAAGCCAGGUGCUUUGCUAAAUGCUGCUUGUCUUGAACCCUGUACCCAAAUGUGUCGUAAAACCAGACAUUUAUAUCAUCUUAGGUUUCACAUGUCUCAAGAAAAAUUUUCACUAAUUUUAAAUGUGCCACUUCGUAGUGCAAGUCUAUAAGAUCCUUAAAAAAGUAAGUCACGGAUAGACUUUCAGUAGUCAUAAAGGGAAAUCGUAUUCGUCAGUGGAUCAUGCAUACUUUUAGAUGUUUUGAGUCUGAUUAAACCCCUGGUAUUGCACAGGUUUUGCCAGAAAUUAUUUCCUGCCCUGCCAAGGAGCAAUAUGAAAUUUAAUACUUUGCUAAACUAGUCCAGUACUCUUAGAACUCACGAAAAGCCUUUCCCCAUCUGAUAUGCUCUUUAUUUCACUAGAGACCUCAGAUACAUGAGGACUCAAGCCAUACCUUUGGAUUUGUUAAACUAUGCCUUCACUAUGACUACAGAUUUCAAAUUCUAUUUUCCUUACGUUGUCACUUUUCACUGUAACAGAGACCUAUAAUGUGAAAACAGUUGCUACAUACAGUGCUGCUGAUGGUCAGAUGAGUGCUGGUUGUGGUUGUCUUUUGAAAUCUGGUCAAACGCUGGAGUAAUAAAGUUGUACGCUCCAUGAGAGCAGGGACCAUAUCAUCUUCCAUCGUGCAUCCAGGCACUCAAUAAAUAUUUGUGGACCUGA